CUCUCUCUCUCUCUCUCUCUCUCUCUCUCUCAAAUGGAAAUGGAAAUCCCUGAUGAUUUCUGCUCCUAUGUUAGUGCACCCGCUAGUCCUGGUAGAUAUUGCAGCUCUGCCAAUAACAACAAUGUUUGCUUCUUUAGUGUCCCAACUAGUCCUAGGAAAAGGACCAUUUCAUCAACUUCUGAUGACCAUCCAACACCACCCAUGACACCAUAUCACGAUGCCAAUUCCGACCUCGACGACUUUGAAUUUGAUACCAGUCACAGUUUCAAUCUUGGUUCGGUUGGUAAUGUGACUAGCCAGAAGGUGAAAGACUUGCUCGAACACAAGCAGCACGAACAAAUGCAAACCAUGGCAUUUGCUGACGACCUUUUCUGCGGCGGAAAAGUUAUCCCGCUUGCACCUCCACUCAAACUUCCACCCCGUCUUGGUCAACAAAGAUAUACCAACCGAAGCCCAACCCCAUCUACCCAAGGGUCACCGAGUUUUGGGAUCAAAAUGCCGUUUUCGCAUAGGACGUUGUGGAAUGAUGAUUUUGAUCCAUUCAUGGUGGCACUGCAGCAUGUCAGGAAGGAGGAAAAGAGAGGAAAAGCAAAGACACAGGCUCGUGACAUGUCCGACCUGAAUGACCAACAGAAUAAACAAACUGGCCUGCCAACACCAAUUUCCUCACCUUUUGUGAACUCCCCAAGUCUGCUACAAAGUCCAAAAAGGCUGGCUCUGCCCAAAGGACUGGAGUUUGCAAGACAAGUUAGACUAAUACGAAUGGAUCAUUCCGAGAGAUGCAGUGACCCCAAAUUGGAGACGAGGAUGCCUAAGAAUAACAUUGCUCAAGAAAGUGGGCCUUGUACAAAGCAAACCAAGGGGCAGAAAAUCGGAAGGCUUUUAUUGAGUGUGUCAUUUGGGAAGGCAGAUGAUGAAGACAAAAAGGGAAAAGAUCAAACUUCCGAAAUAUUGAAAAAGACAACAUUUCUAAGGAGACUAAGCUUCAAGUCAGGAAGAUUAACCAGCUGCAAAGCCGAGAAGAGGAUAUCUAAUCAACUCACCAAGAUGCCGCUAGUACAAUUCAGGCCGAGGCUCUUACUCUGUAUGGGUUAUAAGGCAAGGUAUGCAAAGUGAACCAGCCAGUGCCAUAGCAAAAAUAUUGUCUUCUUUAAAAUCCUGCAUUCAUGUCUUGAACUGCCAAAAGGAGCAAAAAAAGAAGUUAUUGUUGUCACUUAUAUAAUGUUUCUGCUUACUAUUCUUUUACAGGCAUCAACAUUUCAAUUGAUUGUGUAAACAAAGUUUUUUCCUUUUCUUUACCUGGAAACUGGAUUUAUAGAAGAAACUACGUGUUUUAGAUUGUAAUCAUUCACUCCCAAUGUGAA